CGGAUAGAAAACGAGAGCAGAGGCUUUUUGCGAGAGAUUUUUAAGCCCAGAAAAUACCAAAACCCUCCAUUUCUCACACCUUUUGUCACUUUUUCUGGUUCUUCAUUUUCUGCUACUCUCCAGAAAGACUCCAGGUUCUUGUCUCGUAUGCUCUACGAGCUGAAGGAGUUGGAGUUUACACCUUUUGGGUUUUCGUAGUAAUGGCGACCUAUGUUUCUCCGUGUUUUUCUCCUUCUGAUUCUCGGGUUCUCACUGUUCUCAAGAAUAGCGUAUUUCCUGAAAAUCAUCUGGGCAGGGUUUGUUGCCUUAAAAUGCUUGGGAGCAGGAAGACCCGUGUUAGUGCAGCUCAUAAAUCUGAAUCUUCGCCUAUGAGAAGCAAUUCAAACUCUCACAGUCUGAGUCAUUUCCAGAGUCAAGAUCCCUUCUUGAACCUUCACCCAGAAAUAUCGAUGCUUAGAGGCGGCGAAGGGAACAACGAUGUGGUAAUCAAUCCAAGAAAGGAGACUUCCACUGGACCCAUCACUGAGAAUUUUGGAGAAUCGUCUACUACAAGCAGUAAUAAUGAGGCAAGGAUAAAGGUUAUUGGCAUUGGAGGUGGUGGGUCAAAUGCUGUGAAUCGUAUGAUAGAGAGUGAAAUGAAAGGUGUUGAAUUUUGGAUAGUGAAUACCGAUAUUCAGGCAAUGAGAAUGUCGCCUGUGUUCCCAGAGAACAGGUUACCGAUCGGUAAGGAGUUGACUAGGGGUUUAGGUGCUGGUGGAAAUCCAGAGAUUGGAAUGAAUGCUGCCAAAGAAAGCAAGGAAUCUAUCGAAGAGGCGCUCUGUGGUUCAGACAUGGUUUUUAUCACGGCUGGAAUGGGUGGUGGAACUGGCACAGGAGGAGCUCCUAUAAUUGCAGAGAUAGCAAAGGAGAUGGGUAUAUUAACGGUUGGUAUUGUCACAACCCCUUUCUCUUUUGAGGGCCGAAGAAGAGCAUUGCAAGCUCAGGAAGGAAUUGCAUCUCUUAGAGAUAACGUUGACACUCUCAUCGUCAUUCCUAAUGACAAAUUACUUACAGCCGUCUCUCAGUCUACUCCAGUGACCGAAGCAUUUAACUUGGCAGAUGAUAUUCUCCGUCAGGGUGUUCGUGGAAUCUCUGAUAUCAUUACUAUUCCUGGACUGGUCAAUGUGGAUUUUGCUGAUGUGAGAGCUAUAAUGGCAAAUGCUGGUUCUUCAUUGAUGGGGAUAGGAACAGCAACAGGAAAGGCCCGAGCAAGAGAUGCUGCGCUAAACGCGAUCCAGUCUCCUUUACUGGAUAUUGGCAUCGAGAGAGCCACCGGAAUAGUCUGGAAUAUUACUGGUGGAAGUGAUCUGACAUUGUUCGAGGUAAAUGCAGCUGCAGAAGUUAUAUAUGAUCUUGUUGAUCCUACCGCCAAUCUCAUAUUUGGGGCUGUCAUAGAUCCAUCUCUCACUGGUCAAGUAAGUAUAACCCUCAUAGCUACGGGUUUCAAACGCCAAGAACAGACUGAAGGGCGGCCACUUCAGGGGAAUCAACUGGCACAAGGAGAAGUCUCACGGGGAGUUACAAGGCGACCCUCAUCUUCAUUCACAGAAGGUAGCUCGGUCGAGAUCCCUGAGUUCCUGAAGAAGAAAGGUCGCUCUCGUUAUCCCCGCCUCUAAACUGCCUAAACCUCGUGUUUCUCGUUCGCCAACCCAUCCGUGAUAACUGCAGCUUGCCCAACUCAGAGUAAAGUUCUCUCUCUUGCCUCUAUACAACAAGCCCUUAUCUUACCAGUUCCUAAGCUAAGAGAUACAAUGAUGUAAUAACAAAGCGUUUGUCUCUGAGGUAUAUAUAUGCGCUUGGGGUGGUUCUUUGAAUAGGAUCUUGUCUUGCGAUUUAAUGAUUUGCUUAUUAGAAUUGCAAUUUAAUAAAAUGGAGAAAAAAAACCAUGUACUCUGGUUUGUACAUAUUGUCCAAUGCAUUUCAAGACGCUUUUUUGAUUA